AUGCAGAAACAAUUACUUUGUUUUCUUUCAGACUUAGACGAGUGCGCAACUAACACCCAUUCUUGCGAUGCAAAUGCCUAUUGUAACAAUACAAUUGGAUAUCAUAACUGUACCUGUUUUUCUGGGUACAAUGGAACUGGUUUACUUUGCAGUAGUGAGUAUAUGCAGUAAACGUGGGUUUCACUAUAGAAAGCAUUACUAGCUAAGCUGUUAUUUGGAAUGAGCAUUUACCUCGAUCCUAGUCAACAUCUUAAACGAAAUGCUCAAUCAUACGUGCCGUCACAUUCUAAAAUAAAACAUCUAGGAGCGGUCUUUGUGGUUGUAUGGACAUUAAGUGGCCUAGUGGCCUUUACUUUUACAAUGGACGCUUAAUACUGAACUCAGUAGUAUCAGAUUCAGAGAUUUCGAGAGUACUGAAGUUAAUUAGAAGGCUCGAACAUCAUACUACUGCUUGCGAAAUUAUUUUGGAAAAUUGAAAAGGAAGCCGAAAAUUCAAGAAGAUGGAUCAAAAAUGAUGGUUAUACUGAAUUAUCGCACAUGCGUUACGCCAGGAAGCUUCACCAAUUGACGUAACUACCUUAGCGUGCUUCGAGGCUUCGAAUCUGACAUUACUUUGAUAAUUUCAUUUUCAAAGGUGUGUGAACUACCUUAGUUUGAGCGGGUAUGUAAGUUUUAAAAAUGUAUUAUUCGCUCUUUAUGAAAUAAGAACAACCGCCGGAUUUCAGCCUCUAAAACUCAGAUCCGAUACAUAACAGGGCUAUUAUUCAAUCACAGAAUUGCUGGUAAAUAUUUGAAAUGCUUUCAUCACUAGUAAAAUAAUUGUGUCAUCCUCUUUAGACAUCAACGAGUGUACAACAGACGCCGAUGACUGCGAUCCCAAUGCACUUUGCAUUGAUACCGAUGGAUCGUUUAAUUGCACCUGCAGUUCUGGAUACACUGGUAACGGAACGUCAUGUACUGGUAAGUAUAAUUAAGUGUUAAUUUUAUUGCCUUUUUCAUUUUUUUAAAAAGUUACACCUGUUAGGGGAAACUUAACAAUUUAACUUAACAUUUUUUUUUACAGUUUGUUUUGUUAUUAUAAAGUCAAACUCCACCCCACCUUCCAGCCGCCGUCUCUUCACGAACGCCUGUCUUUUACGGAGAGCCCUCUUUUAUCCCAUGUUCUGUUUCCUUGGUUCCCGUUAUAAGGAGGUUUGACUGUAUUUAAGGGAGUUGGCAGAAACAUAUUUCUUGUAGAGCAGUUCUCUUAUAAUAAUUUAAAGUCUUGAGUGCUGAUUAAUGCAAAGGUGAAACUUACUUGUUUCUUGUAGACCUUGACGAAUGUGACACAGGCGUAGAUUCAUGUGAUGCCAACGCUUUUUGUAAUAACACCAUUGGGUCUCACAACUGUGCUUGUUAUUCUGGCUACACAGGAAAUGGAACAACAUGCACUGGUGAAUAUUCAACUGUUUAGUUUCAUAGUUUGACAUUCGCACAAGCUAUGUACCAUUGCCCUUUCUAAAUGAUUUUACAGUAAUUCUUUGUUUCUGUUUUUUCUUUUAACAGGAUAAUUAUUUUAGCUUUUACAUAAAGUACCCAACUCUUGUUUUUUUUUUUUUUGUUGUUGUUGUUGUUGUUUUUUUAAGCUUUGGUACUGUUCAAUGUUUACUAUUCAAUGCUAACUAUUAAUUAAUGAUGAGAUAUGGUGACAUUAGUGAUAUAAGUCAUUACUGCACCAAAAAAAUAAAUAUCAAGACGCACCCGCCCAAACGUCUGUUUUAUAAGCUGUCUUCCGAUUAACUCUAUAAUAAGUAAGAUAAUGUUUUCCCUCUCCCGAAAGGUCCGCCUAACGCUUUUAUCUCUGUAUAGACAUUAACGAGUGUUCAGACGACAGCGAUAACUGUGAUGUCAACGCUAAUUGUAACAAUACUGUGGGUUCCUACAACUGCACUUGUAACCCUGGAUAUACCAGAAAUGGAACAACAUGCACAGGUGAAUAUUUUGUUUAUUUUUCCCCAGAUUUAGACUCGGUAUGAUGUAUAUCAAUUUGUGUAUGAAGACUUUAAGAACAAUACUAGACUACCGUCUCACAUUCAUAUGAAUGAUGACAUAAAGGAUGCAAAAAUGUGUCAAAUUUUACGUCAGUAACCUUUACAAAAAUAGUGUGUUGAAAUCUAUUUUGCACACAUUUUUGAAGGCCGAUUAUUUUUUUAUAAGAACUGUUACCCAGUAAUUAGAGAGGUCCUAACCCAGACAAAAAGAAGAAAAGAAAUAAAAAAGGAAUCGAAAGAAAGAAAGGGAGAAAGAAAAGAAAAAAGUAAGGAAAAGAAAGAAAGAAAUUGGGAGGUGCAGAUCUCAGUUAAUCCAACGAUUGCAUCACAUUUUACUUUUCCAACGUUUAUUAGAACAGCUAGUGCGGGGCUUAAUUGGGAAAGAGGUUUCUUGUUAAGUAAAUAACUCUAGUCUUCGGUUUGUAUUCAUUCUAAGCUGAUUUAAUUUACCUUUCAGACGAGGAUGAGUGUGCACUCGGCACCGAUUCAUGUGACGUCAAUGCUUACUGUAAUAACACCUUGGGGUCCUAUAACUGUACUUGUUACCCUGAAUAUGCUGGAAAUGGCACCUCAUGCACAGGUAAAUUUAUGUUUAUUUGAUUUUUACUCAGUUUGCAAUGUCCUUUUUCAUGUUGUUUGUAUUCUGUAGUUUGUACCCGCAGCUGUUUUAGGCUGUAAGGGUUACAUUUUGUGACGAGGUCGAGUUGCAGACCGUCACCGGAUUUUGUUGGAUGCUGUUUUAGUUGAUCGGUUAUGUUUAAGUCCCUUCGUCUGUCUAUCAGUCUGUCUGUCGGGCUGUCUAUCUGUCUGUCCGUGAGUCCGUCAGUCUGCCUGUCUUUCUAUCCGUCUAUCUGUCUCUCUUUUCGUCUGUUUGCCUCUCUGUCUAUGGAACAUUGCUUAAACAGCUCUGAUCAGCUUUUUCUCUGCUGUAUUCACUUUCCCCUUCCCUAUUAAACAACGGUCGCAUGAAGGCAAAACCAAGUUACUAUAAAUGGCUGCGUUCACUGUACAUUAUUCCCCUUCUUCCCAAAAUGUAACCCCGAUACUGGUGGCCAGUACUGUGAGUCUCCAGGCUAACAAGGUUUAGCAACUUCAUUUCCAAAGAGGGCGGGAGUAUCAGACAGACAGGCAGACGACUCAAACCAAUCCUAUUGAUUCUCUCUGACUUUUUGGGGAAGUCCAUGAUCAUAGAAUAUUAUAUUGCCUAUUAGGAUCGAAUCAUAACUAUAACAAAAUUCUGAAAUCUGAUUGGCUAUCAACUGCCCUGAUUUCAGCCUUAAUUGGACAAUUUAAUAAGACAGUACGCAUCAUGCCUAAGUAAUUAGACAGUGCGCGCCAUCACGCGCUCGCUUAAAUGGCUUUAUACACUACUAGCAAAAAAAUUGGAAUUUAUUCCAAUUUAAGGACCUUGUAUAUCACAAAUUUUGUUAAAGUUAUGAUUAAUUGGUAACAGAACUUCGUGUUGUCCAAUUCUGUCUGUAAUCAUACUCGUGAUUAAACAAAUUAGUUAAUCACUCGUAUGAUUACAGACCGAAUUGGACUCCACUCCGUCCUGUUACCAUUACGUAUAAUCUGAUAUGAGUUAGUUACACCCUCGAGGCUAUAGUACUGGUUUUGUAAGCAACUCUAAAUUCUUUAUUUGAGGGCUUUCUUGAAAUUUUCUUUUUAGACAUUGACGAGUGUGCAAACAACACCGACAACUGUGAUGUCAAUGCUUACUGUAACAAUACCGUAGGGUCCUAUAACUGUACUUGUUACCCUGAAUAUACUGGAAAUGGAACGAUUUGCAUUGGUGCGUAAAUUUUGUUAUCUUGGUUUUCAAUGAAUAAAUAGCUAUUUCACUGAAGACAGUUUACCAAAAACUUAUUUACAUUGGAAUUAUAGCUUGGCCUUAUGACUUUAAUUUAGUCCAUUUUAGAUACAUGGUGUACGACACAUCUUUUCAAUUGUCUUAAUUUGGAAAAGGGAAAAGCGAACAAUCUAAGACUCUUUCCCAAAACACCUAGUUCCUUCACCUCUGUAUAUUAUUACAGACAUUUGGGUUUACUUCACUCGAAAUCAUAUCAUAAAUUAUAAAAUGAAUAAGAUACAUGUCUGAAAGUAGAAGUCAAUGCUCUGUAAUUGUAAAAUAUUACUGUUAAUACGUGAAGAAAUAUUUUGGCAGAGAAAUGCAUGGAAGUAAUUCAUGUUGCAAGAGAAGCCUUAGCAAUAACAAAAAAUAAAGAACUUCAUCAAUCGGGAAAACGUAGGACCCCGCGGGACCUCCGCGUUAACAGUGUGAUACUGGAAUUAAACAAGCGAUGAAGGUGAUGGUAGUGGGUGGGGUAUCAGACCCAAUGCUAACUAAGGCCGAGAGUUCUUAAUAUUCCAGUUGCGAAUUAAAAAUUACCACUGAAUACAAACAUUAACAACAAAUUUGUACAGGGUUAGCCCCGACGUAAAGUAAAAUAUUCAAAAAUUCCGGCAAGUAAGUGUUUGAAAUUUGAAUAUACACAAUAGACAGAGUAAUAAAUAGGUCUUUUUCCCGUUGGAAUUUGUGAUUAAAUUACUUCAGAUGGAGGCUAAGCCUGUAAAAAAUGCGUCUUUGCUUCUUUAAUUUAGCGGUCAUAGCGAAUUGGAAACUGGACUAUUAGUUAAAAAAGGGCUUGGAUCAUUUUACGUUUCUGGGAAACUUCCCACCUACCCCUCCCCUAAGCCAACAUUAAUACUUUCCUCUUACUUAGGGCAAAAUAUUGGCUUAGGGGACGGGUAGGUCCAACUUUUUCAGUUACAAAUAUCUGUUUUUCUCACGAAGCAGGUAUAACCUCACCUUAUAGCACGGGUAAAUAGCCCUAUACGGUCUAAAACCCUCGUAAUUUAAAGAAUCCUUCAUAAAAGAAAUACUGAGUCCAGAGUAGGCGAAUCAUUUCAACAAAUAUAAACCUCAAAGUCGGUACAUAACUUUGUUUUCCAUCAGCUGAGUUGAUACAAUAGACUGACCACCUAAGCAGAAGCUGACAAAAUAUUAGUUCAUUGUCACGGAAUUGUGGGAUAUGUGUGGUUUAUAUACCUGAUGUUAGAGCUAUUAUAAUUGUGCAUUGUGGGAAUAUGGUAACGUAAAAAACAGGAAUAAAUAAGUUCUAUGAAAAGCGUUUGUUGAUUCCGUGGGGAUGCAGGGUGUCGAUUUAAAAGAUAAAAUUUUUUGCUAGACUUUUAAGCGCUGCUUUCCUUGUUGUCUUGGUGAAGAGAGAACUUACCUUUUAGAGAAUGGUUGACUAUAUAUGUACCCCUAAUUACAGUUACCUCCUAAUAACCCAAGAGGCAGAGCAUCGGCAUUCAAAAUCUUUUUUAGCGGCUCACGAUGGCCACUAGAGGAAGAUCCUGGAGCCAUAAUAACCUCUCUGCUCCCCAAAGGUCACAUAAAGGUAAAACGAGUAGCUGUAAAUAGUUGUGUUCACUGUACAUUAUUUUUCUACCUCUUAAAAUCCACCCCGCUUGCCUUCCCACCCAGCCCUCCCCCAACCUCUUAAAAAAUGUGUCCUGGGUGGCAGCCGGCGACAAGGUUUAGAGAAUUAUUUCCAAAGAGGGUGUGGCUUACAUAGGGCACAUGACUCAAACCAAUCCUAUUAGUUCCCCUUUCGUUACAAGAACAUUACCUCUAACGUUAUUACCCUAUAACAGUUUAGUUCUCGUGGCUAUAGUUCCGCCGGGUUUCGUAAGUAAUCAACUUAAAAUCUUAAUUCUUUUGACAGUUCAGUAAUUUUUAGUUUUUCUUUUCAGAUUUUGACGAGUGUGCAACAGGCAGCCAUAUCUGUGAUAUCAAUGCGUACUGUACCAAUACCGUAGGUUCCCACAACUGCACUUGUGAUACUGGAUACACUGGAAAUGGAACGACUUGCAUUGGUGUGUAGAUUUUUGGUCCGGG